CAAAUCCAGGAGCUUUUUGGAGGAAUAUCGAUCAAUCGCACUUGACAGAAGAUGUUGGAAUACAAGGGGAAAAAGGAGACAUUUGUGAAAUUCCACUGCUGGCAUCAAUUGACAGCAGAGUCAAAGUGACGGUAAUUAUUUUUUUGAUUUUUUCCCAGAGUCAAACACCUGCUACAGUUGGCGCUCAUCUGCCCCUCCAAUGCCUCAAUCAGGACAACCCCAGGAUCAUCCCCUGGGUCCUCACAUGCCUUCAUGACUCACGAUCAUGACUCACGACUGACCUGGGACACCUUCACCCCGGAUGUAUGGACCCCUACAGGAUCAGGGGUGUAGGAAUGAGGAGGGACAUGCUCCGCUGGGGGUGGAUGUUACUGCUUUUUUGGCCUGGAUUUGUAUUUCACAUUGUCCAAGGGGAACUUCCAUUCAUGUCUGGGAACAACGCUGCUAUGCUGGUCAACUGGAAUGUUGUUGACGGAAGCAAGAAGUUGAUCGCCAUCUAUGACACCAGCGUCAAUGAAUCGGGCAACAUGUCCACCGUGAAGGAGACGGUGGAUAAACUCCUGAAGGGCUACGACAUCCGACUGAGACCGGACUUUGGAGGACCCCCUGUUGCAGUCGGCAUGAGCAUAGACGUGGCGAGCAUAGACAUGGUGUCAGAAGUCAACAUGGACUACACCUUAACUAUGUAUUUCCAACAGUACUGGAGGGACAAGCGUUUGGCCUACGUAGGGAUCCCCCUAAACCUGACUCUGGACAACAGGGUGGCUGACCAGCUCUGGGUCCCUGACACCUACUUCCUCAAUGACAAGAAGUCUUUUGUUCACGGAGUCACUGUGAAAAAUCGCAUGAUCCGCCUGCAUCCAGACGGAACCGUUCUCUAUGGGCUAAGAAUAACUACUACAGCUGCUUGCAUGAUGGACCUUAGGAGGUAUCCCCUGGAUGAACAGAACUGCACGCUGGAAAUAGAGAGCUAUGGCUACACCACAGAUGACAUUGAGUUCUACUGGAAAGGAGGCGAGUCGGCCGUAACCGGGGUGACGCGCAUCGAACUGCCACAGUUCUCCAUCGUUGAUUACAAACUAGUGUCCAAAAAUGUCGUCUUUUCCACAGGUGCCUACCCUCGACUGUCUCUGAGCUUUAAGCUGAAGAGGAACAUCGGCUACUUCAUCUUGCAAACGUACAUGCCAUCGAUCCUGAUUACCAUACUCUCCUGGGUCUCCUUUUGGAUUAACUACGAUGCGUCGGCAGCCAGAGUGGCUCUGGGCAUCACCACUGUGCUGACCAUGACCACCAUCAACACCCACUUAAGGGAGACACUACCAAAGAUCCCUUAUGUGAAGGCCAUCGACAUGUACCUGAUGGGUUGCUUCGUCAUGGUCUUCCUGGCACUUCUAGAGUACGCCUUUGUCAACUACAUCUUCUUCGGAAGGGGGCCUCAGAUGCAAAAGAAGUUGGCGGAAAAGGCAGAGAAGGCCAACAACGAGAGAGCAGCCAAAUAUGAUGCAGCAAGGGAGGCAGGUAGUAGGACCGCAUCCCUAAAACGGUCCAAUCAGGUUAAAGGUCUACGCCACUCACGCUCGGCAGAGCCUCAUGGCCACGGAAACAUCCUACUGACCACCCUGGAGAUCACAAACGAAGUGGCAGGAGGUGAGAUCACCACCAGUGUGGCGGACAUAAGAAACUCUCAGUCCAUGGUACAGUUGGACAGCACAGCCUCAUCACACAUCCAAUACCGCAAGCAGAGCGGUGGGAUAGGGCCACGCUCCACCAGCCGCCACUCCAUGGACCGGUCUGCCCAGAUGAAACGCAGUCGCCUACGGAGGCGAUCCUCUCAGCUGAAAAUUAAAAUCCCCGACCUGACAGAUGUGAACGCCAUUGACCGCUGGUCGCGCAUCAUCUUCCCUUCUGUUUUUUCCCUUUUUAACCUCAUCUACUGGCUCUACUACGUCUGAUCGAAAUGUUUUGUUGUUAGUUUGACUUUGGUUUUCAAUUCAUUUCUUUGUCCUUUUUUUGUUGCUUUUAUACAUGAUGGACUCUGAGUCAAGGACUGCAGCACAGCAAGACAAGGAAAAACAGAGAAGACUUCUAAGUUUUGGACCAAAUUUUCAUCUUGAGUGUUGUUUUUUUUAUAAAUAUAUAUGAAAUCUUUGAAUCCUUAGUAAUAAGGUGUUUUUAUUUUCAAAGGUACUUAUUGUAAUUUGGACUUGUGGUGGUCAUUUCCUGACGUUUUCCUUCUGUAACAUGUAAAUAGUAAAACACAAAGCCAGCAGAUGAUCAAGUAACAGUAUUUUCAAAAAAGAAAAAAAUAACACAAAAGCAGUCAAGACAAGGAACUUUUUAAAUAAAAAAUAGAGAAUUUUGUACACCACAGUUGAUCAAGUACUGGCAAUAUCUUAAACUCCAUUAAACUGUGGUAUGCUAUGCAUGUGGUGAUCGGCCGUAGUAAAACUUUGCCUUGGAUUAUGGUACAGCUCUUACAAUAUGACGUGUAUGUGUUUGUAGUCUUGGUAAUAUACUUGGUGCAAACUACACCCUACCAUGCGUUGAUCUGGAAAUCUUUAUCCAAACAUUAUGGCUAAAAAAAUACUUUCACGCAGGAUUAAGACCUUAUAACAUUAUUAAAAAGUCAACCAAAGACCUUGGAUGGUCUUCGGAGAAUGUUGGAAUUGUCUUAGGAAUGCAGUGAGCUUUGAUUUUUACCAUACACAAAACUUCCAUUAGUAAGGUUGUGAUAGUUUAUUAAACUCUGGGUGGAGCAUGGUGGUAAUAAUCCCAUGACAUGGGCCUUGGUCAUUGAGAUUUUGUAGUAUGACUGGCCUCGUGCCUUAGCUAUGACCCCAUCAUACCAUCAGCAUUGUGCUAGAACAAUGUGAUUUCUUAGCACAUAGGUCGAGUAUGACACUGUCCAAGGGAGUGGCACCAUUAGAGCACCCAAGAUGUUGCCAACAUGUGGUAGGGAAACCCUAUUUGGCAAAGUUUAAACGUGCAGCGUUGCGAUUGCCUUUGAAGUAGGGAUGCAACAAUAUCACUUUUUUCCAAACCGGUACGAUACCGAUACUUGGGUCUGAGUACUCGCCGAUAUGAUUAUCAAUACUUCUACCACACCAAAAAAUGCAAUGAAUUGGAAUACAGGUUUUAUUUUCUUCUCUGCUUUCAACAGAAAAAGACUGUGAGGUAGAUUAAAAAAUAAAAUCUAUUAAUAGGAAUGAUCACAAAACUAAAAUAUUAGGUGAACAGAAAUGACUAGUUACAGUGAAGGCGCUUUCAGGCUACUGCAUUGGUAUCUCUUCCUGGCAUCAGUUAACUUUUACCGAUACCGAUACUGGUAUCGGCCCGAUGCCAGUAUCGGUAUCGGUGCAUCCCUACUUUGAAGAUAUUUUAAGUUUUUGAUAUUAACCAGUAGGUCACAUGGGACAUUAAGGGUCUUAAUCCAGUGUGAAGGGGGCCUAAAGCUGAGGAUCUUCCCCUUUUUUCAGGAUGAUUUUUGACUCAGGUUUUAAAUUUUUUGGCAUCCUUUUAUUCAAAAACAAAAGUGUCAGUGAAAUUUUCACAUUGAUCCUUUGGGAAGGGAAAAAUAAGCACAACUUGUGAAUAAAACUGCCAAUUUUUUCACUUCUAACUUUGGGGUGAGUAUGCUUCACAUAUUUGCAUGACAGAAUUGCACUUAAAUUUACAAAACUUCUUCAAAAAACUGUCUUUUCUCUACAUUUUAAUCAACUGCCAAUGGCCCUUUGGGCAUCACAGUUAAUACUUAACCCAUAAAAAGUGUGAUAUUUUUGUACUUAUAUUUAAGUAUUGAUUUAAUUUCCUUACAUGUCUUGUUUUCUUUUUCUCAAGACAAAUAAUUUUGUGGUGAUGGUAUGGUGGAAUUAAUUCUUUGUAAAUAGGUACAUAGUUGUGUAGAUACAUAAAUGUACAGUAUAUAUACUAUAUGUGCAACCCAAAACGAGAAUGGAUAAGUUAGUGAUGGUGAAUCUGACUAAAUUGUCAGAUUAUUUAGCAAGAAAGGAUAGAAAUUCCUCUAACUGAUCACUUUGAAGCAUCAAAUCCAUUUUCUGAUCAUUCAGGAUACAUUCCGACUCAUCAACCGACCAUGCUGAAUUUUCUCUCCAGUCAAUGUAUGUACUGUAACUCGAUCUCUACAAUCCAACAACCACUGCAUGCCUGGCCAUGCAGCAGCAAAGCAAUGCCAAUGGAUUUCAUAGAGUCAAAAGAUGGGCCUUGAUAAGGAGUCUGUUUUAAGCACACACUAGCAUUGAAUGUAUCAGAUCCAUUCUUCAGGGAGAGGAUAAUGAGCCAUGGUUAACGUUUCUCCAUUAGAAUGUAACAGACCCAUUCUUAAGUUGCAAGUGGUGUAGGAACGCAGAGAACGAGAAAUGACUGUGUUUUACAAUUGUGCAUGUGCAUACGAGAACUGGAUAAGAAGACGCUAUGAUUGAACAGUGUUGGUUGACCAUUUAUUUUCUGUGCUGCUUGCUCAACUUUGGACUUUUGUGGAUAACAAGAACUCUCCCAUCCAACAAACCAUGUGCCAUUCCACCAAAGGUUGUAGAGUUACAACUUCAAAAUAUUCUUGUUCAGUCUCUGAAAUGUAUCCACUUUUCUUUCAUGCACGUGCGAGACUACAUGUAUAAAAAAUCUUUAAAAGUAAGUGAAAAAAUACUUUAAAACAGUGAGUCUGGGCACAUACAAAUGAAACCCUGUAUAGUCUAGUAUAUGACAAAGAACUGAAUGUAUUGUACUCAGAUUGUCGCAGCACAAAUGCAAUUUGGUGUCUGGGAGCAGGAAUGACCUCAACCUUGAAUAAUAUAGGGCUUGUGUUGACUAAUUAUAUUUAUGUGACCCAAAGUCAUGUUUUCUACUGUGUAGAGAGGGUUUAGUGCAAUUUAGAAAUGAAAGCAUCACUUUACGAUUAAUUAACUUGUUUGUAGGUCAAAACAUUUUGUUGAAAGAGUGUUCAAACAUAAUGCAACGGUUUUUGUUUUGUUUUACAAGUUACACAUUUUUAGUCUGGCCAUGGCAACCAUAAACAGAGAUCAGUCAAGGGACGGAAUCCCUUUCAAACUGUCUCCACAUGCUAGUGGACAACAAACAAGACAAUCACCACUAAUGUCAGUCAACAGGGCCAUCUGCAUACACUGUCGAAGAAGUGCAUCAUUUUUAAAAUAAAGGACUUAAGUCGUUAAAUGUGCUUUUGACUCAAAGAAAAGCCCAAGUCUAAAUAGUCCAGAGUUGAUGCCAAAGCCAUUUCAGUCGAGUCAUUGACUUCUUUGAUUUUCGCUCAGUCGCAGUAACAUCCCAAAAACCUAUUUGACUGAGCGCUGUAAAUGGCAAGAACGUUUGGGCUUGCCGAGGCUUCAAUGGAGCAUGGCUAAACAGACACACAAAGCAAAAAAAUGUAGUUUUUUUCUGUCUGUACACUUCUAGGCUAAUAACUUUUAGUUUUAUUCCAUAAACUGUUACUCAACAUCAUUGAGCUCUAAGAUGGUGUAUUGAAUGAUAUGGAUACAUAAAUGAAGCCAUUGUGUCAAUGAAAUGACACAAUGGGAAAAAAAUUUAUAAUUUUUUUUUAUCUGGGAAAGUUUGUUUAAAAAAAAUUACAAAAAUGCAAAAGAAACUGACUUGAUUUACUGGUAUAGAGGGGGUUGCGCAAAACAAAAAAAGGUCCUUCACUCAUGCUUUUAACACACUUGCAGUGGCUUGAAGUAGGAAUGAACCUUGUAAGUUGUUCUCUGGGGGGAAAUAAAGCUUAUGCGACUCUUUCAGCACGGAGAAUUCAGCUGGAGAAGAAGGUAGCUUUAGAAGACAGGAUUUGGAGUCUUACUUCCUGAUAUUUGGAUAUCUCACCUCUGAUUGGAAAACAGCAACACGACUACGACUGACUCUUUGCUCUUUAACAUUGAUGUUUUAUCAAUGUUGAAGACAGUAACACAAGCCUGAAGGAGUUCUGCUGUGUGGUGGAUUUGCUAAUGCUCACAAUUAGUGUCUACUAGUCAAGACAUUCUCUGCUGUUUCCUAAAUGCUGAACCAACAACAGCCUUCCCUGUUGGCCAAGAUAGAUGAGUCCAUGAAUGUUAAAUGACAUUGUAACAUAGAUCUGUCAGGCUAUUCAAAUCCUAGAGAUUCAAUGUCUAUUUUGUAUCAAAAGCUACUGCAAGAGAUGGGUGUAGGAGACUGUUUUCACGUUCAACCUGCAUGAGAGUUAUGAUCCAUUUCAAAAAUAAGUAAAAAAUAGUUUCUCAGUAAAGGACCUCUAACAAUUCAAGUACCCAACUGAGUGCCAGGAGUUGAUUUUUUUUUUGUACUUGGCAAAACUAAGUACUAUAACUAAUUGCUAUGUUUAGAAGUCAAUACACCUCAAAUAAGUUUCUCUGGGUUGUUAGGGUUAUAUAUUGAUUGAAUGCCAUUCCUUUUGAGUAGAGUCUUUAUUCAUGACACAUCUUUAAAAUCAAAUGUGCAGUCUUGUUCAAACACCCUUUAAAAGAAAAUGUUUUGACUUUAUUCUGAAGCAAAAAGUAUAGUUUGGUGAUCUGCUGUGUUGAAGGUUGUUGACGUCAUGGAUCCUGUCUAUCCAAAGCUGCUUAGCAUAGUUUUCAGAAUAACUUUACCUGUCAAUGUCGAAUGAAGCUUCAAACUAUUGUAAAUAAUAAUCAUGGAACCUAAAAAACACUUGUGGUGCAAGCCUAAAAACCACUCUUCCUGGCCUGUUGACUAGUUUCACUUGAAGUGUAAACAUUGGAUGUGGUGACAGUAAAUUAGUCUUUUUAUUAAAUUAUCAAACUGUGGUGUGGAAUUGUUGCGCAGCAGAGAAAGCAACUGUUGUAAACUGUAGAUCAGGGCUAUCCUGAAGGGCCACUGCACUGAACAUUUUCCUGCUCCAACACGCCUGAAUCAAGGGUUGAAUCUCCCCUUCAGCAGGUCCUCAAGUUAUUCAAGACAUUCAAUUAAAACUAGCGGUGUUGGUGCAGAGAACCUUAGAAAACCUUCAGGUCGUAACCAUCGAUAACCAAGACUAAAUAGCCCUUCUCUAGAUACAACUCUAGAAACCUGUUUACCAUGCUUGCAAGGAUUCUUAACUUUGGGGAGGGGAAUUUAAAGACUCCUUAAAGAUAAAUGCCAACUGCUCUUAUUUAGAGAUGACUCUAAAAACCCUAACCCUCUAUAGACAAAAAAGAAAAAAGAAAAAAAAAAGAAGCAAAAACCCACUAAAAGACCUUUUGAAACUUCGCCAUCAAAGAAAUUGUUGUAUGGCCUUGGUCCCAUAAUGGAAUGUUAAAUGUUCUGUGCUGCCAGAAAAUGUGUUCAGGUUUAGGUUUUUACAGUAUAUCUGUGUGUUUCUUUUUUUCAAUUGAGCAUCAUGCUAAACCAUUCAAAUAAAUGCUAUAUAUUCCACCUGCGCGUUUGGUAUCGUGAGCAUGACACGCCAUAAAGGAUCUGCAUACUGCUGAACAUGAAAAUGAAACAAUAGCAGACUUUAAGGACUUUUUGCCAAAUACUUUUGAUUUAUUUUGAAGUUAAUAAAUCCAAUAGUUGUUUUACUUUUGGAGAACGCAAAUGCCCUCCAGCAUUUAAUUGCUUUAUUUUCCAGUGCAACUACUCAACAAGUCAGCUUGAAACUUGGCAAAUCCCACUUGAAUAUUGAACAAAGUUUAUGAAUGUGAGUCUGAGUGAUAUGUAUUCUGCUUCCACAAAUAAAUACAUUUUGGAAAUUA